AUGGCCGAUGAAUACGAUGGGUAUAAUCCCAAGAGGAGGAGGGUUGAGUCCCGACCGGCAUCUCGAUUCAAACCCUCCCGUUCGUCAACACCUCGAGGCCAGUCCCAGUCGCACUACGCACCGACACCGCGACGCGACGAUCCAGCAGACGCCCCAGCCCCGGACGAUGAAGAUGCAAAAGCCCUAGACCGCGACUGGUAUGGCGGAGACGAAUUUGGAGGCCAUGUCUUUGGCGACGAUGCCCACAACCCCUUUGCCUCGUACGAGCUGUCGGCGUGGGAGUCGCAGCAGAUCGAAGCGGCUAAGGCGCAGAAGAUGGCGAGUCGAUACGACGCUCGCAAGGAGGAGAGACAGAGGGAGAACGAUGCAUGGGAGACGAAUCGCAUGCUGGUGUCUGGAGUCGCCCAGCGCCGUGAUAUGGCCGCCGACUUUGACGACGACGAGGCCACCCGUGUUCAUCUCCUGGUGCACGACCUGCGCCCGCCCUUCCUCGACGGCCGCAAGAUCUUCUCCAAGCAGGUCGAGCCCGUUCCUGCCGUGCGUGACUACCAGAGCGACAUGGCUGUCUUCAGCAGGAAAGGGAGCAAGGUCGUCAAGGAAGCUAGGCAGCAGAGGGAGAGGCAGAGGCAGGCUCAGGAGGCCACCAGCAUGGCUGGUACGACGCUGGGUAACAUCAUGGGUGCCAAGGAAGACGAUGGCGAUAGCGCUCUGCCUGUGGCUGGCGAGGAGGACGGCAAAGACCGAGAGGGGCGCAAGGUGAACAAGUUCAACGCCAACAAGGAGAAGGCCAAGGGGGCCAGCAACUUCAGCCAGAGCAAGAGUCUGCGCGAACAGCGCGAAUACCUCCCCGCAUUUGCUGUGCGCGAGGACCUGCUGCGCGUCAUACGCGAGAACCAAGUCAUCAUUGUCAUCGGUGAGACGGGAUCAGGCAAGACCACGCAGCUGACCCAGUUCCUCUAUGAAGAAGGCUAUGGAAAUCGGGGCAUGAUUGGCUGUACGCAGCCUCGACGUGUGGCUGCCAUGAGUGUGGCCAAGCGUGUGUCGGAAGAGAUGGAGGUCCCCCUGGGAAGCACAGUCGGAUACGCCAUCCGAUUCGAGGACUGUACCAGCAAGGAGACCGUCAUCAAGUACAUGACAGACGGUGUCCUGCUGAGAGAAUCCCUCAACGAGCCCGAUCUCGACAGGUAUUCGUGCAUCAUCAUGGACGAGGCGCACGAGCGAGCUCUCAACACGGACAUUCUAAUGGGCCUCUUCAAGAAGAUUCUACAGCGGAGACGGGACCUCAAACUCAUCGUCACAUCGGCCACCAUGAACGCUAAGCGCUUCUCCGACUUCUUCGGCUCGGCGCCGGAUUUCACGAUUCCCGGAAGGACGUUCCCCGUCGACGUCAUGUUCCACCGCUCCCCCGUCGAGGACUACGUGGACCAGGCGGUGCAUCAGGUGCUCUCCAUCCACGCGUCGAUGGAUGCCGGUGACAUCCUCGUCUUCAUGACUGGCCAGGAAGAUAUCGAGGUGACGUGCGAGCUGGUCCGCAAGAGGCUUGAUGCGCUCAACGACCCCCCGAAGCUGGAGAUCCUCCCCAUCUACAGUCAGAUGCCGGCAGACCUUCAGGCAAAGAUCUUCGACAGGGCAGCCCCUGGCGUGCGAAAGUGCAUCGUCGCCACCAACAUUGCCGAAACGAGUCUGACAGUCGACGGAAUCAAGUACGUGGUGGACGCGGGCUACUCCAAGCUCAAGGUGUACAAUCCCAAGAUGGGCAUGGACACGCUGCAGAUCACGCCCAUCUCGCAAGCCAACUCGUCGCAGCGGUCCGGGCGUGCGGGCCGGACCGGGCCCGGAAAGGCGUUCCGACUGUACACGGAGAAGGCGUUCAAGGACGAGCUGUACAUGCAGACAAUCCCGGAGAUCCAGCGGACCAACUUGGCCAACACGGUGCUGAUGCUCAAGACGUUAGGAGUGAAAGACCUGCUGGACUUCGACUUUAUGGACCCGCCGCCGCAGGACACGAUACUGACGUCCAUGUUCGACCUGUGGGCGCUGGGGGCGCUAGAUAACAUGGGGGAGCUGACAGAGCUGGGCAAGAAGAUGAGCGCGUUCCCGAUGGACCCGUCGCUGUCGAAGCUGCUCAUCAUGGCGGAGGAGUACGGAUGUAGCGAGGAGAUGAUAACGAUUGUGUCGAUGCUGUCGGUGCCCAACGUCUUCUACCGGCCCAAGGAGCGGCAGGACGAGGCGGACGCGGCGCGCGAGAAGUUCUGGGUGCACGAGUCGGACCACCUGACGUACCUGCAGGUGUACCAGGCGUGGAAGGCCAACGGGUACUCGGACGGGUGGUGCGUGCGGCACUUCCUGCACGCCAAGUCGCUACGGCGCGCCAAGGAGAUACGCGAGCAGCUCCUGGACAUUGUGCGCAUGCAGAAGAUGGAGCUGGUCAGCUGCGGCAUGGACUGGGACCUGGUCCGCCGCGCCAUCUGCUCGGGCUACUACCACCAGGCAGCCCGGUACAAGGGCUCGGGCGAGUACACCAACCUCCGCACCAACCUGGGCGUGCAGCUCCACCCCACCAGCGCGCUGUACGCUGGCCACCCCCCGGACUACAUCGUCUACCACGAGCUCAUCCUCACCUCCAAGGUGUACGUGUCCACCGUCACGGCCGUGGACCCCUACUGGCUCGCCGACCUGGGCGGCGUCUUCUACUCGGUCAAGGAGAAGGGAUACUCGACCCGCGACAAGCGGACCGUCGAGAAGGAGUUCAACCGCAAGGUCGAGAUUGAGGCCCAGAUGGCCGAGGACAAGAGGAUCGACCAGGAGAGGAGGGAGGCCGAGAAGAACAGGUCCGUCGUGGUCAAGAAGAAGGAGGCUGAUGGGAAGAAGUUUACGCAGCACGGGGCUGUCAGGAAGCCCCUCGUCAAACGGAGGCGAGGGGGUAUAUAG